UCUUUUAGCAAUUGCUUUUCUGUAGCACACAGAAACAUACUCUCAUAUGCACACGCACACACGGGUACACACAACAAAACAGAUACAUGCAGAAAAUAAGGAAGCACUGCACUGAAUACACACAAGGAGUAGCCUUGGAAUCCAAACAGGCUAUAUGGAUCUGGGACUUUACGGAUAAAAAUAUGGAUUUAACCAGAUAGAUCACUGGCGAAAAAUCCUCCCGGGGGCAUCUGAGAUUUUAGCAGUUUUAUUUUUGCUCUCUUCCUGUUGCACUAUUUGCUGUUGGGAUUUAAGUAUUCAGAAAGGAGCAAAAAACAAAGGAAUUAUAGGAAUAACUAGCUGCUAUGGAUUAUACUGGCAGUUCGUGUGGUGGCAAUGAUCACAGGCAGAUUGAAGAGAACAAGCCACUGCUGGGAGAGAUGUCUUCUACAGAAGGGAGGAUGGGAGCAGUACCGUGCAGGAGAACCAACCAGCACUUCAAUGGAAUGAGAUACAAACUGCUGCAAGAAGGGGACAUUCAAGUCUGUGUGAUCAGGCACCCUAGAACCUUUCUGAGCAAGAUACUUAGCUCGAAAUUCUUAAGGAGGUGGGAGCCUCAUCACCUGGCUCUGGCAGACAACAGCUUGGCCUCAGCUACACCUACAGGGUACAUGGAAAAUUGCAUUUCAUACAGCUCUAUUGAGGAUGUUCAGCUGCUGUCCUGGGAAAAUGCCCCAAAGUACUGUUUACAGCUUACAAUUCCCAGUGGUACUGUUUUGCUUCAGGCUGCAAACAGCUAUUUGAGAGAUCAGUGGUUUCAUUCUUUGCAGUGGAAGAAAAAAAUUUACAAAUACAAAAAAGUGCUGAGCAACCCUAAUCGCUGGGAGGUGGUAUUGAAAGAGAUACGGUCGCUAGUGGAUAUGGCCCUCUCCUCCCCUCUGCAAGAUGACUCCAUUCAUCAAGAACCACUAGAAAUUGUCUCCAAGUUACUUUCUGAGAAUGUAAAUCUAACCACACAAGAGCAUGAAAGCAUUAUUGUGGCAAUUGCUCCUCUUCUGGAAAAUAACCAUCCUCCACCUGACCUUUGUGAAUUCUUCUGCAAGCACUGUAGAGAACGCCCUCGUUCCAUGGUGGUUAUUGAAGUAUUCACUCCAGUUGUACAGCGAAUUCUCAAACAUAAUAUGGAUUUCGGGAAGUGCCCUCGGUUAAGGCUGUUUACCCAGGAGUACAUCCUGGCCUUGAAUGAAUUAAAUGCAGGAAUGGAGGUGGUGAAGAAAUUUAUUCAAAGCAUGCAUGGUCAAACAGGGAACUGCCCUCAUCCACGCGUUUUGCCAAACCUAGUUGCAGUCUGUCUUGCUGCCAUUUAUUCAUGCUAUGAAGAAUUCAUCAACAGCCGGGACAAUUCUCCAAGCUUGAAGGAAAUCCGUAAUGGCUGCCAACAGCAGUGUGACCGUAAAGCGAAUAUCCCUCUUCGCCUCCUCCACACCAACCCAGACCUUGUUUCCCAAGACGUGACAUCUGUUGAAUCCCGGCACAAAUCUGUCAUUACAUCAAAUGAGAUUCAUGUCGAAGUUGAGCGCAACAACACUGUCAAUCAGAAGUUAAAGGCAAACGCGGCAAUGGAUAGCGAGCCCAAUCUGAUCGACUGUCUGCUCAUUAGCCCCGCUUGCAGCACCAUUAGCAUUGAGCUGAGUCCACAGGCGGAACGCGUAUUGGGAUGUUACGUGGAAAUUCUCAAGAUGUUGUCGGACUAUGAUGAUUGGCGGCCAGCCCUCGCCAGUUUGCUGCAACCUAUACCGUUCCCCAAAGAAGCACUUGCACAUGAAACGUUCACAAAGGAGCUGAAAUACGUCAUUCAGAGAUUUGCAGAGGACCCCAGACAGGAGGUCCACUCUUGUCUCUUAAGCGUCAGAGCUGGGAAAGAUGGCUGGUUCCAGCUAUACAGCCCAGGAGGAGUUGCCUGUGAUGAUGACGGAGAACUUUUUGCCAGUAUGGUUCACAUUUUGAUGGGAUCGUGCUAUAAGACUAAAAAGUUUCUUCUGUCGCUGGCUGAAAACAAACUUGGGCCGUGUAUGUUACUUGCUUUGCGUGGCAACCAGACUAUGGUGGAGAUUCUUUGCCUGAUGCUUGAAUAUAAUAUCAUAGAAAACAAUGACACCCAGCUGCAAAUUAUCUCUACUCUGGAGAGUACUGAAGUAGGGAAGAGAAUGUACGAGCAGUUGUGUGACAGGCAGCGGGAGCUGAAGGAGCUGCAAAGGAAAGGAGGACCAACUCGCCUAACACUGCCAUCCAAGUCUACGGACGCCGAUCUUGCCAGGUUAUUAACCUCUGGAUCUUUUGGAAACCUGGAAAACCUCAGCCUGGCCUUCACCAAUGUAACGAGUGCCUGCGCAGAGCAACUCAUCAAACUGCCUUCACUCAAGCAACUGAACCUGUGGUCGACCCAGUUUGGAGACGCUGGUCUGCGGGUUUUAUCUGAGCACCUCACCACUCUGCAAGUUCUUAACCUGUGUGAAACACCCGUCACUGAUGCUGGAUUACUGGCACUGAGCUCUAUGAAGAGUCUGUGCAGCUUAAAUAUGAACAGCACCAAACUAUCAGCAGACACCUACGAAGAUCUUAAGGCGAAGCUGCCAAACCUUAAAGAUGUGGACGUUCGUUAUACAGAAGCCUGGUGACUUCUCCUUAUCACUGAAGAAGAUAGCUCCUCAAUGACUAUCUAGCGAUUAUAAACGUUUAGAGAAGAAACUCAUUGGACUUCUACAAUCUGUGGCUUUGAGUUAGAGGUCGUUUUUAUGUAGGGGUGGAAAAGAACGUUCUACCCAAUACAUACAGCUUUGGAAUUUCAAAAAUUAAAUUAAUUAACAAAAAAGACUGUAGCUGCAAGAAGACAAUGCUGAGGAAUAAAUCGCCUUGUGGAUUUUAUUUUAUUUUCUAUUAUUUGCAUAAGUGUUCAUGCUGUGUUGGAAAAAGAAUGUCUGUUUCUUAUGUACUUUUUUUAUUUGGUUUGAUUGGAUGGACUCAUUUUAAGAAGCUUUUGCUUUGUCUUUUCGCCAGAAAAAAAAAAAAAAUCACAAUCCUGUAAAGAAAACGAUUGUCAUCUGGUCACAUCUCUCCUUUAAAUUGUUCUGCAAAUUCAUAUUAUUGUACAUAAGGUUUACAUAAAUCACAUAUUUAAGUAAAUUGUUCAUGUUUAGUAGGUCUGGGACCUGCUUUUUUAUUUAUAAAUUGUUAAUUCUCUUUUAUUUUCAUUUGCAGAUAGAACUGUAAAACCUAGUUUGUCACCGUCUUUUUGAUUGUAUAAUUAAUAAUGUAUGUGUAUUGUUUUGCUUUGGGUUCAGAACAGAAAGCCCUCCUGAAUAAAUAACAAGAUUAAAUGAUUGUGUAUGCUAAAUUUUCCCCACAGUUACAGGAUAUAGGAAAGUUGGAUUAUAUAAUAACACAGUUUUUUGAUGAUAUCCAUGGCAGCCAAUAUUAACUAAGUGGUUCUGCACUAAGGCAGCUCUAGUAAAACUAUAUAAUAGCCCAAACAGCAAAAUACUGCUAGGGGCUUGAAGUCUCUAGUCCACAAAUGUGUGACUGGUACAAAUAUGCCAGCAGAAGAAGAAGAAAUCGGGUUUUUUACUAUUUAUUACGUUGAGCAGGCCUGCAACGCUUUCCCUUCAGGCUGAUAACUUUUUUACUUUAGCUGGUAACCUAUAGUGAUAUUUUUCCCACUUAUUCUGUAUGGACAUUUGUGUUGACUGGAAGAAGCAUUUUGACAUCCUCUUUAAUAUGUUGAAAGUGGGUGAUGAUGUCAGUUUGGCUGCUUAUGAUGUUAUCAGAUACAGUACAUUGAUUUGGCUAUAUUUCUGGCCUGCAUUAUACAGUUGGGAAUAACUGGUAGUCGCAUUAUCAUUUGUAUAAUUUAUACACACAGACACAAGUAGGGGCAGGCCUCCUUAUAUUAUUACUGUGUGUGUAACAUAAGGCUGGGUGUAUAGCUAUAACAUCUGAACUUUUUAUUGGUAUGUUCAUAUUGCACUGCUUUUUUAUAUAUAUAUAUAUAUAUUUUAUUUUAAUUUUUUGUGCUGGUCUCCUAAGGAUGAAAUUAUUACUCAACCAAAUAUUCUUUAAACUUAGCAUUCCUUUUUAAAUAAGGGAUAACACCACCUAAAUAUGUAUGAUCAACUUUAUACAGUAGUCCCCAAUGUUCCUUUCCUGAAAGUCAGUGGGUUAUUAACAAAUUUAGUAUUCAAAGUGCAUAUAGUCUAGUCAUAAAAAAUAAAUAGCUAUAUAUUAUUUUAUUUUUAUUUUCAUUUAAUUGGCUAUUGUUUACUAUAUACUUAGUUUUGUUCUCCAGAUAUAACCACUGUCCAAAGAUAACGUUCAUGAAUGUAUAAAUAGCUCUCCUUAAUUCAUAUCAAAGUUUACCAUUCGGAAAUAUAAUUUCAAAGGUGCAAUUUGUGUGAAGCAUUCUUAAAUCCUAAAGCUGUGUGUGUGUGUGUGUAUAUAAAUAUUUACUGUGUAGGGAGGCUCGAGUAUAUAAAUAAUAGCAUAUAACACUCAAUAGCCUCCUUUUUACGGAGAAUAAAAGUUUAAAAAUGUUGAGUGCUAUGCUUGAUAUAUAUAUUUGUAGAGAAGACAAGCACUCCAGAUACCAAGUCACAAUGGUCUGAGGAAGGGGCUAAACCCCCGAAAACAUUCACAGCUUAGGAAAUAAAUCAUUGAAAAGUCCUGGUGAGUGCACUCUUCUUUUGCUUAUAUAUAUAUAUAUAUAUAUAUAUAUAUAUAUAUAUAUAUAUAUAUAUAUAUAUACACAUAUAUAUAUAUACACACACAUCAUGCAGAAUGUGCAUUUCUCUUUUUGAAUCCAUACGUAGAGCAGUUAUGGUAAAACUAUGGGAAAGGGUCCUGAGUGUUCAACAGUUGAGAGAAAUCUGCAUUUUGUUGUUUUAGAUUUCAGUUUUGUUUUUUAAAGCAGUAUAGUAAUGAUUGUCAACUAAUUGAUGAGGUUCCUAUACAUGCAUGUAGAAAGGUAG